GUUUUAUCACCCCGCCAUCGCACAACACGCUGUCCUGGUUAUGCAGCGAAAACGAGAGUUCUGUGAGCUCUUAACUGUCCUUUCUGCCUCAUCGUCUAUGUUGGGCAUCUCAAAAUGCACUCACCUUGCACUCGAGCACUUCAUUUUUCCUGAUAGUGACAAUGAUGACCGCAGUCACCAUACUGCUGUAUCUCUCACAAGAACAAGUGCAGCACUUCAAGUAUUUGCAAUGUUUUGAAUUCUUCAAGAUUUCUCUGAGCUGGCCAGACUGAGAUUUUUGACAUGAAUACAGGGUUGGAUGGCCCACCUUUGA